UUGGUCGCGCCCAGCUCGCGGGGGCUCCUUCCGCCCCGCCCCGGGCCGGAAGUGCGGCGCCGCCACCGUCCCUCCGCAGCCCUCCGCAGGUCGCAGCAGCCGGUCGGGUUGGGUCGGGUCGUCUCGUGCGCGCAUCCUCGGAUCUGAUUUAAACCGCCACCAUGUCGAGCAAAAAGGCCAAGACCAAGACCACCAAGAAGCGCCCUCAGCGCGCAACAUCCAAUGUGUUCGCCAUGUUUGACCAGUCGCAGAUCCAGGAGUUCAAAGAGGCCUUCAACAUGAUCGACCAGAACCGGGAUGGCUUCAUCGACAAGGAGGACUUGCAUGACAUGCUCGCUUCUCUAGGCAAGAAUCCCACCGAUGCCUACCUGGAUGCCAUGAUGAACGAGGCCCCAGGCCCCAUCAACUUCACCAUGUUCCUCACCAUGUUUGGAGAGAAGCUGAAUGGCACAGAUCCCGAGGAUGUCAUCAGAAACGCCUUCGCUUGCUUUGAUGAGGAAGCCACUGGCACCAUCCAGGAGGAUUACCUGAGGGAGCUGCUCACAACCAUGGGCGAUCGGUUCACAGACGAGGAAGUGGAUGAGCUGUACAGGGAGGCCCCCAUCGACAAAAAGGGGAACUUCAACUACAUCGAGUUCACGCGCAUCCUCAAGCACGGAGCCAAAGACAAAGACGACUGAAGCGCCGCAGGGGAAGUCCGCGCCGUGCUACCUUACUUCGUCUCUCAGACACUUCUCCCACUCCGUAGGACUCCUGCAUGCCGCUUAGUUUCACAGCUUUGCCUCUUUCUAAAUGUAUUUAUUCCAGACCUUUCCGUCACUCAGCACAUGUAUAAUCAGACUGGAAAUGGGGACAAUGUUGUAAAUGGUAUUGAAAACGAGAUGCGAAUAAAAAUCAGCUAAUGUGAAAGCCCAGGAAAAUAUAUCCGUAUUUCUGGUUUUGCUGGAUUUUUUUUUUUACAUUUUUAUAUAAUAAAAAUGUUAUUUUGAAAUAAA